CACAUCCGGGUCCUAGCCAACGCCGCAGCUGCUGCUGUUGUUGCCGCCCGCUCGGGGCUCUUUCUCUCUCUCUCUCUGUCAGAAGGCAGGGAAGAAGGGAGGGGAGAGGCGUUGUUGUCUCCCUUGGCCUACAAGGAGGAGGAGGAGGAGAGGGAGACGACGCACGCGCGCGCGCUCUUGUGAGGGAAGGAGCGCGAGCCGCCUCUGUGUGUUGUCUCCCUCCAGACACACAUCAGCGAAGAUGGCGGCCGUGGUCGGAGGGCGAGCCGGCUCCUUCGGCUCCUCUUCCUCGCCGGGCCUGGUCUCGGGUUACGGCGGCAACAACAACAACAGCAGCAGCAACAGCGGCGCCGACUCGCGGGCGGGAGGCGACGAGGACGACGGGCAGAACCUCUGGUCCUGCAUCCUCAGCGAAGUGUCAACCCGUUCCCGGUCUAAGCUGCCUUCGGGGAAGAACGUAGUGCUGCUAGGAGAAGAUGGCGCUGGUAAAACCAGUUUAAUUGGAAAACUUCAGGGAAUUGAGGAAUACAAGAAAGGAAGAGGAAUGGAGUACUUGUACUUAAAUGUACAUGAUGAAGACAGAGAUGAUCAAACAAGGUGUAAUGUUUGGAUACUAGAUGGUGAUCUCUAUCAUAAAGGUCUUCUUAAAUUUGCAAUGGAAGCUAUCUCAUUAAAGGACACUUUGGUCAUGCUGGUUGUAGAUAUGUCUAAACCAUGGACUGCUUUAGACUCUUUACAAAAAUGGGCAAGUGUUGUAAGGGAGCAUAUCGACAAAUUAAAAAUUCCUCCUGAAGAAAUGAAGGAAAUGGAACAAAAGAUGGUAAGAGACUUCCAAGAAUACACAGAACCAGGAGAAGACUUUCCAGCUUCUCCACAGAGGAGAAAUACUUCAUCACAAGAAGAUAAAGAUGAUAGCGUCAUUUUACCACUGGGUGCAGAUACACUAACAUGUAACUUAGGCAUUCCUGUAGUAGUAGUUUGUACAAAGUGUGAUGCAAUUAGUUUACUGGAAAAAGAGCACGAUUACAGAGACGAGCACUUUGACUUCAUUCAAUCACACAUCCGACAGUUUUGUUUACAAUAUGGUGCAGCACUUAUUUACACUUCAGUAAAAGAAAACAAGAAUAUUGAUUUCGUGUACAAAUAUAUUGUCCAGAAAUUAUAUGGAUUCCCUUUCAACAUGCCUGCUGUUGUUGUAGAAAAAGAUGCUGUAUUUAUUCCUGCCGGAUGGGACAAUGAGAAGAAAAUAGGAAUAUUACAUGAGAAUUUCCAGACUUUAAAAGUUGGUGAUAGUUUUGAGGAUAUUAUUACAAAGCCUCCAGUGAGAAAGUUUGUACAUGAAAAAGAGAUAGUAGCAGAAGAUGACCAAGUAUUUCUUAUGAAGCAACAGUCCCUGUUAGCAAAACAGCCACCUACUGCAGCUGGAAGACCAGUGGAUACCUCACCCAGAGUUCCUGGAGGAUCUCCCAGGACACCAAACAGAUCUGUCACGUCCAAUGUUGCCAGUGUUACGCCCAUUCCUGCUGGAUCCAAAAAAAUUGAUCCUAGUAUGAAAGCUGGAGCCACAAGCGAAGGAGUCCUGGCUAAUUUUUUCAACAGUUUGCUAAGUAAGAAGACAGGCUCGCCUGGUGGGCCUAGUGGUGUUGGUAGUCCUGGAGGAGUAGGAGGCACUGGUGGUGGAAGCGGCGGCAGCUUGCCAACAUCUGCAAAAAAGUCAGGCCAGAAGCCUGUCUUAACAGAUGUUCAAGCUGAAUUGGACAGAAUUUCACGGAAACCAGAUCUGGUCUCCGCAACCACACCGACAUCCCCCACAGAAGGCGAAGCAUCUUGAAGACACCAAAUAUAGCCAUUUAUUCAAUUUUCUGGGAUAAUUUAAACUUGCCUCGGCCUCUUCCUUCCGUGACUGGGACUAGGGAGCUGAAACACUUUCAGAGGAGGACAAGCAGUUUAUGUCUUUUGUGUUGCCCAACAUUGUAAAAGGGAACUGUACAGAUGGAAAGUUAUCACCCAGUGUAAGACUGUUGUUCACAGUACAAUGUGGCAUUCAGAAGUAUCUGGAUUUUGUUUAAAAGUCAGCGUAAUUCUGUAAAAUUGGCAGUGUCCACUUAAUCAUUUGUAAUGCAAAAAAGCUGCUUGAAGAGUUGUAAAGGGGAUAUGCAACAUGGGCACUUAAUUUAUACUGAUCUCCCAAACUUUUUAGUUUAAUGCAGUUUUACAAAUUAACCUCAAGGGGGAGGAUUUCCUAGGUUUUGUUGGAAAGAGAUCAAUCAACUGUUGUUUUUGUGCACCAUCAAUAAACUAACUCAAAUAAAAUUUAACACUUCAUUUGGAAUAUGA